AUGCUGUCUCGCAUCUCCAUUGGACUUUCCGUUCUCUUCUUGACCGUCUCACAAAGCCUGGGAACCUCCCUUCCCGGUGGCUAUACAAAACCACGAUGUGUUCGAUCGGAAGAGGAGGCUGAGUUUAAUCCAUAUCUCACAUCUGCAUUGAAGACAUCAGUUCCUCAAUUCGACACUCACCAUCUGAGACUGCUCUCAGUAUCCACACAGGUUGCCGCCGGAACAAACUACAAAUUUCUGGUUGGUUUGCAAUAUUCCUAA